AUGUCGGACGUUAUAAAUACUAGUGAGGAUGUACCCAUAAUGUAUGGGAAUAUUGUACCCUGCCAUAUACAAUAUAAUGGAGCAGCCAAUACCAAGGAUUAUUUCACACCAAGUAAAAAACAAGAUACUUUACCAACUGGCGAGCAGGUAGAAGUGGCAUAUUAUAGAGGAUGCAAAUUAGUAGGCAAAAACAUGAAUAUUUCCAAUGACUACAGUGGCUACUUAAUCAAUAAAUCAGAAAGUUUGGCCAGGGUAGAAGAUGAAACAUCAGAGGAUUAUUUAACAGUGAACACAUAUACCCCGGUAGCAAAGUUUGAGGAAAUUACUGUUUAUGGUCAUGAUACCGUGCCUGAACUGACAAGUCAAUGGGGAUUGAUACAAGAAUGGAAGGAUAUAAGUGAGGUGAUCCAUUCUUAG